CCUCUCUCAGGUAACCGGAAGUAAACAAGUCUUUGUUAUUGUUGUGUGACAUAAUCGCGAGAAAGCAAAUUGAUCGAUUAAUCAAAUAGACAAAACAACGGAACACGAUGUCUGAUGUAUGACAACGGUCGCGGACCUGAAAUUACGAAAUAAUCAGGUGUAUUGAAAAUGUUCCACUGAUCCAGCUAAAGUCGGAGUGGCGAGGGAAAUAACCCGAUUAUAAUAGUGCCUAUUUAACUUGCCUGUUAAUGGGCCAGGUUUCAUGUUCAGCUUAGGGCCCAAGUUCAUCAUACAAAAACCAUGGGAAAAGUGAACAAAGCCAAGGUCGCUGACGAUGACCAACAGGUGAGCUUCGAAGCCACGGAUCACGGGGACAGUGUGUUGGCGGGGCUGAAGUACCUCAGGGAGAAGCAACAGCUGUUUGACGUCACAUUCAUUGUGGAGGGGCAGAAAUUCCAGGCACACCGUGUGGUCUUGGCAUCAUGCAGUGACUACUUCAGAGCAAUGUUUACUGAUGGGUUGGUGGAGUGUCAAAAAGACAUCAUUUCAUUAAAUGGAGUCACAGCUAAAGGAAUGAAGAACCUGAUUGACUUUGCCUAUUCAUCUAAGUUAUUUCUAGAUUUUGAUAAUGUUGAAGACAUUUUGCUCUCUGCCAAUCACGUACAGAUGUUGCCUGUUCUGCAGGCCUGCUCUGAUUUCCUCAAGCAACAUCUGAGCAUCGAGAACUGUAUCGACAUGCUCAGACUGACAGACUUGCUGUGUAUCAGGAAACUGAAAUCAGACGUUCUCAAGUUUAUAUGUUCCAACUGGACUAGAGUGUCCGUUACUCAGGAGUUCUGCAACAAGUUAACUUCCAGUCAGCUCAUAAGCAUUCUGAACAGCAACUUGCCCAUGAACUGUUCAGAAACAGAUGUUCUGGAAAGUGUGGUCAGCUGGAUCAUGUUCGAUAUUCAUUCCAGAGACCAAUAUUUCCUGCCUUUGAUAAAACUUAUACAGUUGGAAAAUAUACUGAGAUCAAGUUUAUCUGCAAUGCCUAACAAGACUGAAUUUGAUGGCUUACUCGAUGCUCAUCCAGUCUUUCAGAAGUAUUUUUAUAAUUCUUGCCAUGAUUUCCAGCCAUAUUUAGUAGAUUCAGGUUUGAUCAAUAAUAGAGGCUUUUCAAAGGCUUUGGUUUGUGUUGGAGGCUUUAGUCCAAAUGGUGGGAUGACAAAUGACCUUAGGUUUUUCAGUCAUGAAACCCAUGCAUGGAAAACUUUGGCCUCCAUUCCUCAUAUUAAGCAGUGCAAUUUCGGUUUAACAGUAUUAAACAAUGAAGUGUUCAUCAUAGGAGGUUGUUUUAAUGAUCAAAUACAAGAAGUUGUACAUCAGUAUGGAUUCAAGUACAACCCAGAAAAAGACUCAUGGAAAAGCAUUGCAGCCAUGAGUCUGGAGAGGUGUCGAUUUUAUUUAGGGGCUGUGGGAGGGAAAUUAUAUGCUAUUGGCGGGGAUCCUUCAGCAAGCAUGGAUGUUUCUCUUGAGUCCUCACCAUGUGAGUGCUUCCAUCCCGAAGAAAACAAAUGGACCCCUAUUGCGUCACUACCAGGAAAUCGUUCUCAGCAUGCGGGUGUUGUUUUUGAAAAUGCAUUGUACAUUUCCGGUGGUCUUCAGGACGCGGAUGAAGAAUUUUUCACGAGCUUCUAUAGAUAUGAUCCGGAUUCGGACAGCUGGACUGAGCUAGCUCCAAUGCUUUCACCAAGAGCCGACCACACCAUGCUUGUGUAUCGGGGACACAUCUACGUGGUGGGAGGAUGGCACGAGAACGCGAAUCAGCAGCGGAUCAUGGUGGCCGAUCUGGAUCGCUAUGACCACGUGACCGAUAGCUGGGAAACUCUGACCACCAUUCCGGACCCUCGUCUGUACGCUAGUUACACGAUAAUGGACCAAAGCGUGCACGUUGUCGGGGGGUGGGUCAACGGAAACUACCAACGGAAAGCACAAACGGUGCAGACAGUAGAUAUGGAGACAUUGGUAGUCACGACGCAAAGCGUUGGUAAAAUGGAGGUUUGGGAACACAGUUCUUGUUCAUUGUACAUUCCGCAUUGCAAAAUGAUAGACAGUUAGUCAGCUGUUACAUGUAGUUAUUCUAAGAUUUUAUUUAUUUUUUUAUUUGCACAGCGAUUUUGCGUGUUUUGUUUUUUGAUUGCGACGGGAUCAUAUUUUUGCUUUUUAGUAUGCACACAAACUCGUUAUGCAACUAAUUAUGGAUGUUUUUGUAUUCCAUAUACAUUUUUAGUUUAAUGAAAUCCAAUGAUGAUUUUAUUUAGAAAGACACAAGGAUCUAUAUUUGUUUUAAAUAUACAUGUAGUAUUUACAAUGUAAGUCCCUUGCUUGAUAUUGAGUAUUAAACAUCAAGCACUCUU